CCUAUAUUUCACUUUUCUCCUACUCUCUCUCUCUCUCUCUCUCUUUCUCUCUCACUCUCAUCCCCAUCAUUAUUAUUACGACAACAAAAAGGGAGAUCCUUUUCCCUCACAGCUUCUCUUCUCUCUCUACGCCCUUUCUCUCUUCCUCCCCUCCAUUGACAGAGAGAGAGAGAGAGAGAGAUGGAGGGAGGGGAAAAAGGGGUAGCAAUCGAUGAGGGGGGCGUGGUGGGGGACGAUGAUGGUGUCGGGGCAAAGGGGGAGGAGGAGUUUUUAGGGCUCAAGCUGAGGAGGGGGAUCGCGGCGGGGAGGAGGAGGGCGGGGCCGUGCACGCCGGUGCCAACCUGGAAGCUGGAGGACUCCGCCGGGCCCCCGCCGCACGCCGAGGCCGCCGCCGCCGCCGCCGUCGCCGCCGCGCCGCGGCGGAGCUCCGUCUCGGCGCGGAAGCUCGGGGCCAACCUGUGGGAGAUCCACGACGUGCUCCCGGAGGCGCCCGGGAUGCGGCGGCGGAGCCACCGGAUCCGCCGCCAUCACCGCGAGCGCGGCGCUGGCGCCGGCGAGGGACUCGACGACGAUCGCCCCGACCACUCGCCGCUUAACCCCAUCGAUAGGCCGCAGAGUUGUGGUAGUCUGAGGAGAUAUAUUGCGUCAUCAUUGAUCCAACAUCACAAGGUGAAUGAAAGGAAUAGUCGAGCCCUGCAACCUAUAUCUCCUGCAAGUUAUAGUAGCUCAAUGGGGGUUGCUGCUAUUAAUCAAGCGAUAACUCCUAGUAGUUCUUUGGAUCUCCACAGAAGGCCCGAGGGGGCAUAUAGUCUUAAAACAUCGACGGAAUUGCUGAAAGUUUUGAAUCGAAUUUGGAGCUUGGAAGAACAGCACACGGCCAAUGUAUCGUUGGUUAAAGCAUUGAAAGUAGAAUUGCAAAACGCACGUGCCCGUAUUCAAGAGCUUAUGCAAGAACAACAGAGCUACAGCCAAGAAGUGGAUUCAUUAAUGAAGCAACUUUCAGAAAAUAAAGUGAUUCAGAAAAACAAAGAGCGAGAAAAAAUUAAAUCAGCAGUGGAGUCGAUGCGAGAUGAGCUUGAGGACGAGAGGCGGUUGAGAAAGCGUUCUGAGAGCCUUCAUAGAAAACUAGGCAGAGAGUUGUCCGAAAUAAAAUCAGCAUUCCUAAAGGCCGUGAAAGAUUUGGAAAUGGAGAGAAAAGCAAAUCAACUACUUGGAAACCUUUGUGAUGAGUUUGCGAAGGGAAUCAGAAAUUACGAAGACGAAGUGAGGGAUUUGAAGCAGAAGACUGGAAAGGAUUAUGAAUAUAAAUUUGAUAGAUUAAUUCUUCAUAUUUCUGAAGCAUGGCUAGAUGAGCGAAUGCAGAUGCAAAUGGCUGAAUCAAGGGGAGAUUUGGUUGAAAGAGAUAACUCGAUCACGGAGAGAUUAAGUGGUGAAAUCCAAGCUUUUCUUCAAAUGAAGUGUUCAGCUAAUUCUAAGGAAUAUGAUGCGAAUCUGAUCGACAGAAAAAGAGAGAUUAACUUGCGGCGCCAAUCUCUCGAGUCUGUCCAUUUGAAUGGGCCUACGAGUGCGCCGCAGGAUGGUGAAGAUGACGAUUCUAUCGCGAGUGAUUUGCACUGUUUCGAACUUAACAUGGGCGAACAUGAAAUCAAGAGCCAUGAACAGCUAAAAGGAACUUAUGGCAACGGCGUAGAAAGGUUGGAUUCGGCAAGGAAAUCUUACUUCCGAGGGAAAAAGAUAGAGUUUCCUGAAAACAUCACAGAUCAAAGUGCAUCUAGCUCGCAAAUGCUUAUUGGGCAAAAAGAGAAGAAAGAGUCAGGCAACAGAGUACAGAAUACUACCUCAGAACAUGGUGCUCAGAUCGGAGUCAGAACACUCAAGAAUGAGAUUAAUAUGGACCGUAAGUUUGAAGAAAAUCAGUGUCAGGAAGGUGACGCGAGCAUAACACCAGAGCAGAACAAUGUUCAUGGAGCGAGCCGCCUAAGUGAAAGUUUUGAUUUUGUAGAAUGGAAGGCUAGAUUCGGCGAAGGAACCAGUUCAGAAGAUUUGCACAACCACCACCCUCCGUCGUCCAAUCUCGAGAUAUCCGAAUCCUCAUCGAAACUAUCGCAGGGCGUGAGAGAGAACACUUUGAAGGCAAAAUUACUUGAAGCAAGGUUAGAGGGGCGGCACGCCCGUUUGAAAGCUUUGAGAGGCUCUUCAAUUACCCGAACGAAGCAACAAACAAAGCCAUAAAAGGUACCACUCUCUAGGGCAAAGAUGUUGCAUGUUCUUCUGCAGCUCUCUCUUUCCUCCAGUAGUUUUGGAAAUUCUGUAUAUGAUGAGCAACAAAGUAUGUGGAGGACUACUCACUACCAGCUUUACUACCAAGUAUAUUUUGAUUAGGAUUUUUGAGUAUCGUGUAUAGUAUCGGACUCAAGUAUAUAACUUUCAUUUGAAUGAUAUAUCUCCCUUCUUUAUCCA